UCUGUUUUCUCACCGGUAGCAGCUCCGUCUGGAAGGUCAAACACAUGAUGGCAGCACCAAAGAAAAUCUGUGUGAUUGGCUCUGGUAACUGGGGCUCUGCCAUUGCCAAGAUUGUGGGUGCAAAUGCUGCCAAGUAUGACAAGUUUAAUACCACAGUGAACAUGUGGGUGUUCGAAGAGAUGGUGAACGACCGUAAACUCACAGAAAUCAUCAACACAGACCAUGAAAAUGUGAAGUAUCUGCCCGGUCACAAGCUGCCCCCCAAUGUGUUGGCUGUUCCAGACUUGGCCGAGUCUGUGAAAGGGGCUGACAUCCUGAUCUUUGUAGUCCCUCACCAGUUCAUUAUGAGGGUGUGCGACACGAUUAAAGACCAUAUCAAAAAGGAUGCUGUGGGAAUGUCUCUCAUCAAGGGUGUCGAUGCGGGUCCAGAGGGUCUGAAGCUGAUCUCGGAGGUCAUCCGAGGGAAGCUGGGCAUCAACAUGACGGUCCUCAUGGGAGCAAACAUUGCCAAUGAGGUCGCUGACGAGAAGUUCUGUGAAACAACCAUCGGGUGCAAAGACAAGACUUACGGGCCCAUGCUGAAAGAGCUGAUGCAGACCACCAACUUCCGUGUGACUGUGGUGGAAGAGUCUGACGUUGUGGAGAUCUGCGGGGCGCUGAAGAACAUUGUAGCAGUGGGAGCCGGUUUCUGUGAUGGCCUGGGAUUCGGCGACAACACCAAGGCAGCAGUGAUUCGUCUCGGCCUGAUGGAGAUGAUCGCCUUCGCCAAGGUCUUCUGCACAAACUGCCCCGUUUCCCCCGCCACCUUCCUGGAGAGCUGCGGCAUCGCUGACCUCAUCACAACCUGCUAUGGUGGACGCAACCGCAAGAUCGGGGAAGCUUUCGCCAAAACAGGCAAAACCAUUGAGCAGUUGGAGAAUGAGCUGCUGAACGGUCAGAAGCUUCAAGGUCCAGCCACUGCAUCCGAGGUCCACCAAGUCUUGAAACAGAAAAACAUGGUGGAAAAGUUUCCUCUCUUCACCGCUGUUUACCAGAUCUGCUUCAACGGCCACCCUGUCACAGAGUUCGUCAACUGUUUGCAGAACCACCCAGAGCACAUGUAAAGGACUGCUGAAUGGGUGGAGGUUGGGAAAGGACUAUUACACUAGAACCACUGUAUUAUCCAGGUGAAUAUAAUAGAGCGGGGGAGGUUAGGUGAAGAGACUGUGCCUAAUCUUGACUAUCUUCAUGUUGGUAUUUCAAACAGAUAAAGAAAUGGAGUUGCCUCUUUUUACCUUGAGUUGCUCUGUUUGACUCCUGUUUUUAACUCAUUUUAAACAUACAUGUCACAGAUUGUUACAUAAAAUCUACCAAGUCUUAAAAGUUAUUUAAAAAAAAAAAAACCCUGACUUGAAUGUUAUAAAAUAUUGCAUAAUUUCUUGGGUAAAAGUGCCUUAACCUGCCUUUUCACUGACAUGUAUGUUUAACAGAAGGGUGUGAAACAAAGCACUGAACAGACGUUGUUGUUCCUCUUCUGGACUUUUAUUAAUAUGUAGCCAAUUACCCUAAAAAGACUUAUUUUGGAAUAAAUUAUUGAACCUU